AUGGCCACGAACGGGGCGACCACGGCCCUCUUCACACCUGGCCGUCUCCCGCCCGGCAAAGACAAGCACCACAUCGUGGUCCUCGAAGGCAUCCACGCCACCAUGCCCAGCUUCGACUUCCCACACACGAUCGACGUGUACCCACGCACGUCGCCGUCAGACGUGGCCGAGCGAAUCAAGGACGCCACCAUCGUGAUCGCGUGCGUGGUGCCAGUGACGCCGAGUGACAUGGACCACGCACCACACCUGGGCGUGCUGGCCGUCAUGGCCGUGGGCAUCCAGUGGGUGGACAAGGCGGACUGUGCGCGCCGCGGCGUCACCGUGACCAAGUGCCCUGGCGGCAACGUCGACGCCGUCACCGAGCACUUUUUGGGCCUGUAUUUCGCCGUGCGCCGACGCGUCGUGCAGGUGCACAACGCCACCACCACCACCACCGAGUGGCUCGACAAGGGUACGCUCACGAAGUUCUGGCCCACCGGCCCGCCCCGGGGCUGUGGCCAAGAGACCCUGGGCAUCAUGGGCUACGGCACGCUGGGCACGCGGAUCGAGAAGCUCGCACAGGCUGUGGGGUUUGGCGAGGUGCUGGUGAGUGAGAGGAAGAACGCCCCGACCGUGCGUCCGGGCAGGGUGAGCUUUGACGAGGUCCUCAAGCGUGCCACCGUGGUCUGCGUGUGUCUGCCCAAGGACCACGACACGAUUGACCUUAUCGGCGAGAAGGAGCUGCGUACGAUGCGCAACGACGCCCUGAUCAUCAACGUCGCGCGCGGCGGCAUCGUCAACGAACAAGCUCUCGCCCGCGCGCUGAGGGAAGGCUGUAGCGCUGGUGCCGCGACAGAUGCUCUGGAGACGGAGCCUGGGGGCCCUGGCACGAGUCCACUGAUCCCGGACAUGGCCAAAGGCGAGGGGCCAGUGCCGAACUUGACCAUUUCAUCCCACAUCGCAUGGUUCACCCAGUCCACGAUCCAGAACUACCAGCGCCUGCUCAAGGAAGGCAUCGAGGGCUGGGUCAACGGUACCUUGCAGGAGUCGGCCGACAAAGUGCACAAGGUCGUCGUGGUGCACAACGGGCGUAUAUGGAAUUGA